AUGAAGUCCGCUAAACUAUUGGCUGUCGUCGCCUCGCUGAUGGCGUCAGCUGACGCGUUUCCCUUCCAGUCGAAAGAACAGGAGCCCAAGCACUUUAACCCGCGUCUCGCAAGGCGUCAAUGGUUCUUCGGGUCCAACACAUCCAGUGUCGUGACCGAACCAAGCAGCAUAUCAGAGACAGAGCUCUACACACAACAGGCCGGUGCCUCCGCAUCAGUUUCCCCAGAAGAUACUCCUGCACCACCACCAGCGUCGUCCCCUGAGGUUCCUCCUACACCUGAGGCCCCCUCGGCACCUGCUUCCGUGGUGACUGAGAGCUUCCAUGUGUCCGAGGUUGUCUCUUCUUACACCUCGAUCGAGACCACUGUCAUUGUCAUUCCCUCGGUGGCCUCCUCAGUGGCUCCCGUACCUCCAGUGGCUUCUGAACCCUCAGUGGCUUCUGAGCCCCCAGUGGCGUCUUCGCCUGUUGUGGCUGUUCCUGAGUCUCCCUCAGCACCGAGUCUGCCCGUCGAGCCUUCCUCGUCCGAGCCUACUGUCUCUGAGGUAGGCUCUUCUACGGAGACUACAACACAGCUUACAUCCCGACAAUUAUCCAGCAGUCGAUUUGAUGGUCUAUUUUCAUCGUGGUUCGACGAUGUGACCUCGGGACAGUCCUGGCUCACAUCGUUCAACUCGUCCCAGACAGCCACCCCUCGACCCACCACUCCUGGUGCAGGCAUCCCCUCUUCCAACAGACGACCCUCGGAGACGACCCACGAUACCACUCACCAGGCUCCCUCUCGAGAAUCGUCUUCGCCUGUAGUGUUUGUUCCUUUCUCGUCCUCCACAGUCGCUGCACCUGCUCCUGCCUCAUCAUCAUCUCACGUGGCAGGAACACCAUCCUCUGCUUUCGAGCCGUCUUCAGCAGUGGCAGCAUCCUCCUCCGAGACUUCUACUGAAGCCGCCACCACCACUGUGGUUGUGGCGUCCUCAGAAAUCUCGGUCGGCUCUACUGUGACCGUUGGAGAGGGUACCUCCUCCGAGGUUGUUUCUUCUCCUCCCCCUGUUGUGGUGGCUUCCUCCACCGACAGCGUUUCCGAUACCAAAACUCUCAUCACUGAGACCACACCUAUCGGUGAGCCUGCCCCCACACCUUCUUCUUCCUCUUCCUCUUCGCCAGUUGUGGUGCCUGUUCCUCCCGUCUCUUCUGGAGGACCUGCUGUCUCUUCUGGUGGAGCCGGUAUUCUCUCUUCUGUCCUGCCUUUUACAGAUACAGAGGAGUCGUCAGCCGUGCCUGAGACUAGCGAGACUGUACCUGCAACUCCUACAGCCUCUACUUCUAUCGAGUCUAGCACUGGCACACCCACAGCUGCAACCGAGUCCGCCCAGACUGUUGUUGAGCCUACCCCUGUCGCUCCCACUUCGUUUGCUGAGACUACUACUUCCCGGCCUUCUGUGGUCGUGCCUCCGGUGUCUCACCAGUCUGGCAUGUCUCAGUUCACCUCAGUUCUUCCUUUCACCGACACCGAGAGCGAGACUUCCAGCGAGACUUCCUCAACCGAGGUUGUUCUUCCUGUUGUCCCCACCUCUACUACUGAGGAGACCACCUCCACUCUCGAGCCUGUUGAGCCCACCACAACUUCUAACCCCUCUGAGAUCCCCAUCUCUUCCGGUGCUGGUUUCACCUCUGUGAUUGGAUGGUCCGAUACCGAGACCACCGAGAGUCCUACUAAGACUCCCACCGAGACUCCCAUCAAGACUCCCAUCGAAACUCCCAUCGAGACUCCUACUGAGACUCCUACCGAGACUCCUACUGCGACUCCUACCCCAACCGAGACUCCUGCCGCAACUUCGGAGCUGCCCCUUGAGACCUCUUCUACCGAGGUGCUCACCUCCGCUGCUGUGCCUUCCACUCCUCUGGAGGCUCCCACCCAACCUACAAUUUCUUCUGUCUUCUCUGGUAUGUCUUCUGUGGCUCCCUGGUCUCCCUCCGAGACCGAGACUUCCUCUGAGUCCUCUUCCAGUGAAGUCACUGCGGUGCCUGUCAUCCCUACCUCCAUUGUGGAGACCACGUCUGCCAGCCCCACUGAGGAGGCAGCCUCGGCUUCUGCUAUUCCUUCUCACGUGUCUUCCGACAUGGGAUUUUCAUCUGUUGAGCCCUACAUUCCUCCUACCACCAGCGAGCCCACUGAGACUUUAGCUCCUACCUCUGAGGUGGUAAACUCUGCAGCCACCACCGUCGAUCUGCUGUCUUCCAGCACCGCCGAGGCUCCUGCUGGCGUGUCUUCUCCUGUGUCAUCUCCCGUGUCUUCUGGAGACGCCUUCUCGUCCGUGAGCCCCUACAUUCCCGAGGCCUCUACCGAGUCUCUGGCAGUUGUCUCCCAGGAGUCUUCUCUGGAGGUUGUUUCCCAGGUGGUCCCCACCACCACUGCUGAGGAAGCCGCUGCUGCGUCUUCCACUGCGGCUGCCGGCAUGUUGCCCGUGUCUUCUUACAGUGCCGACGAGCCUUUCACUAGUGUUCUCGGCUCUUCUGUGGACGCCAGCUCUCGAGUGUCUGAGAUUACUGCCGUUGUGCAGUCUUCCGCUGCUUCUGGAGACGCUGCCCAGGCCACUUCUGAGGCCAAUUCCGAGGCCAAUUCCGAGGCCACUUCCGAGGCCCCCGCUGGAGUCGAGUCUUCCGCUGUUGCUUCCAGCUCUGGCCCCGUUGUGGUUGGAACUGCCAGCCCGGCUGUGACUUCUGCCACUGAGGCCGCCCCUGCUCCCUCUGGUUCCACUUCGGAGACAUCCAACUGGUUCCCUGCCGGAAUUGUGACCCAGUCCGCCUCUUCCACGCUUGAGGCCGGUGCUGAUUACUCCUCUGGUGAUGCAGUGGCCACUGCUACCGCUAGUGCCACCGCGUCGGGUAUCCCAUCUUCUCUUCCUAAGAUUAUUGCUCCUUCCGACGGAUUCCCUGACUCGCCCAAGGACUCUACUCUUAUCCAGAUUGGUUUCACCUACGCCCUCAACUACCCCUUCAUUGUGAACAACCCUGUUUCCGUUGCCCAGAUCUUCCACUACCUCCCCGAGGGUGUUGGCUAUGGCUUGGGCGUCGACGCCCAGAACGUGUCCAUGCGAAACAUCCAGCCUUACGACUCUGCCUCUGCUGGCUACAUCGUGUCUCUGGCUCUCGCAUACAUUCCCUCCGACCAGGUUUCUACUCUUACUGCUUUGCUACACACCCCUACUUCCAAGCUGUACAGAAACCCCGACUCUUCCAUUCAGACGCUGAUGAACCUCAUCGAUCCCAGUAUCCCUCUGAUUCCUGGAUCUGAGACCAUCAGCAGUCCUGGAAGUGGCCUGGAUGCCGUCAACGGAAAUGCCAACGGCGCCAAGUCUGGUCAGGCCGGAAGUUCCGGCAAUGGUGGCGAUGGUUCUGACAAGAACAAUGGUAACAAAAAGGCAGAUGCCGGCGGAGGCGCUGGCGGAACUAACCCCUAUGGAUCCAUCGAUACUAGCGGAGCCACCAGUUCCACUCCGGUCGACCGAAAGACGGUCGGAAUUGCUGUGGGUGCUAUUGUUGGAGCGUUUGCUUAUGGUGGAGCUAUUUUCCUCGUUUCUAAGCGAUACAGAAAGAAGAAGACCAUGGCUCUGGACUCGUCCGACUCUGGCUCUUCGGUCCGAUCGCGGUAUUUUGACGACACGGAGUCAUCCAACUUUGAUGUGGGUAGUGUGCCUUCUCAUUCCCGCACUCACCACAGUCCCGUGAAUAAUCAGAGGUCAUUUGUGCCGAGGGCGCAGAUUUCUCAGCCGGUUAUGAGCGAAAACAGUUUGGGAUGGAUUUAG